AUGGCUGCAUCGGAAGAAGGGCCCGGCUGCUUUCUCCCGCGAGGCAGAUCGCAGAGUGACCCCAGCAUCCUCACCGAGCCCGCGGGCCCCGGAGCCGGGGAGCACGCAGAUGAGAUGGAGCAGUCUCCUGCAGUGCGUUCUGACUACUUGGUCUCAGGGAUUAGAACUCCACCAGUGAGGAGAAACAGCAAACUGGCAACACUGGGCAGGAUCUUCAAACCCUGGAAGUGGCGGAAAAAGAAAAAUGAGAAGUUAAAGCAGACCUCUGCAGUGCUGGAGAAGAAAAUGACAGCACGACAAGGUCGGGAUGAACUCAUUAAGAAAGGCCUUCUGGAAAUGAUGGAACAGGAUACUGAAGGAAAAGCCUGCACUGGUGAUGAUACCACAAGAGCAAAACAGAGUGACACUCCAGCUUGUGUGCCCGUGUGCCAGGCACUCGACUCUGAAGAGAUGCAGCAAGAGAGUACAACAGCAGCCACGACAGAUGUAACCUCACUUAGUGAAGAGCUGCAUUUGGAUGAGCUGAAAGAAGAUGCAGCCAAGAAACCUUCAGCACCCAAGGAAGAAUUGGAAGAUGCCAGUCUGCCAGCAUCUGAAGACAGUCCACAAGCCUUACUUGCACCUGAAACCACAGAUUCUCCCCAGAAACCGACAGAAGGAAAUCCAGUGCAGCUUCCCAGCCCUCCAUUGCUCCCAGCUCCACCACCUAAGGCAAUCUCCAAAAUCACAAAGAGUGUCACAGCAGGAAGCGACACAGAUGACCCAGCCAUGAAGUCUCCUCCUUCCACUAUCCUGAAGAAUUAUGUAGUUGUUGGCUCCUCUCAAAUCUCAGGACAAGCUGGCCUCUUCCAUUCCUCUGGCCAGAAAAGCUCCGAGUCGCACGUCAGAGGACAGGUAACAACGCCGACUGGCUCCCCUCACCUGGCUGCUGUCCACCUGCCUUUACCUCCCAGCAGAGUCAUUGAAGAACUCCACAGGGCUCUGGCCACCAAACACCGGCAGGACAGCUUCCAUGGAAGAGAAAGCAAAGGCUCUCCAAAAAAAAGAGUGGAUGUCCGUCCAUCCAGAACGUCUAGCAUUGAGCGCAACAAAGAAAAGGAGAACUCCCUGAAUUACAGCAGUGAUACAGAAAAUAAGAGGAAUUCAGUUAAAGAGUCAGAUGAGAACAAAGAAAACAUGAUAAUGAACUCAGAGCUUAAGGAAGACUCUGUUUUUUAUCAGGAUGAGGAAGUUUUGAAUGACUCCAUUAUUUCUGGUACUUUGCCAAGAAAAUGCAAGAAAGAACUGUUGGCAGUAAAACUACGAAACAGACCAAGCAAGCAGGAGCUGGAAGACAGGAAUAUUUUCCCAAGGAGGACAGAUGAGGAAAGACAGGAAAUCCGGCAGCAAAUUGAAAUGAAGCUCUCAAAGCGACUCAGCCAAAGACCUGCUGUUGAGGAGCUAGAAAGAAGAAAUAUACUUAAACAACGAAACGAUCAAACUGAGCAGGAAGAAAGAAGGGAAAUCAAACAAAGACUGACAAGAAAGCUUAACCAGAGACCUACAGUAGAUGAACUAAGAGACAGAAAGAUCCUGAUUCGAUUCAGUGAUUAUGUAGAAGUGGCAAAAGCACAGGACUAUGACAGACGAGCAGAUAAACCAUGGACAAGACUAUCAGCAGCCGAUAAGGCAGCAAUUCGGAAAGAGCUAAAUGAAUACAAAAGCAAUGAAAUGGAAGUACAUGCAUCAAGUAAACAUUUGACAAGAUUUCACAGGCCGUAGAAAUUUUCUUCUGAGAAGAAUCUGCCCUUACUUUUUGAUAUUGCUGCUGAACACGCGUCAGGGAAUCAUCUUUCCCUAAUGUUCAGUCCUGGGUACCUUGAUGUUUAUGAGAAAGGAGGACUGCGGAUGAAAACUCUGCAGCACUUCAAUAAAGAGGGAAACACCAGAGAUGUUCUUCACCUUGAAGCCAGAAGAGCAAUGGCCUGUUGAAUGGGAUUAGCUGCUGAAAAAGACUGAAGUAAAACUACUUGAAAGAACCUACUACUCUCCUUUACCACUUGUUUUAAACUGUUUUGCAGUCUAUCAUGGAAAAGGAGAUGUGCAUGUACAGGCUUUACCAUUCCAAGGCCUCUGACAUAAUGGACAUGACGCACUGUCAGUCAGUAUUACGUUGACAAGACAUUUUGAACUUACCACAAUUAGUUUGUAAAACGCUUAAGUUCAUGUUCUAAAAACUAAUUUAAUGUAUUAUAAUUUCAUUCUUUUUUUAUAUAUUGUCUAACAAACACAGCUGCAAGCAUUUUU